GUGAAAGGUUACAAUUUUAUGUGACUGGCGCUCACAAGUGACAGGCUCUCUUGACUGGUGGCCAGAGGAUCCUGACCUUCGUGCAUUUAUCAUAAAAAUCACCGUUAUGUCGCUCUUAAGAGGUGUGUUCAUUGUUUCAGCUAAGAGGACUCCCUUUGGCACAUACGGCGGUGUUCUGAAAGACCACAGUGCCACAGAUUUGGCUGAGCAUGCUGCCAAAGCUGCACUUGCUGCUGGGAAUGUUGCUCCAGAGCUAGUUAAUAGUGUCAUCGUAGGAAAUGUCAUGCAGAGCUCUGCAGAUGCUGCCUAUAUUGCACGUCAUGUGGGCCUGAGGUGUGGAGUGCCGAUACCAGUACCUGCGUUGACUGUGAACCGUCUCUGUGGGUCAGGCUUCCAGUCCAUCAUCAACGGAGCUCAUGAGAUCUGUCUCAAAGAAUCAGAGGUCGUACUUUGUGGAGGGACAGAGAGUAUGAGCCAGGCCCCUUAUGCUGUACGCAACAUCCGCUUCGGUACCAAGUUUGGAGUUGAUUUAAAGCUUGAGGACACUCUGUGGGCAGGACUCAGUGACCUACACAUAAAGACACCUAUGGGCGUCACAGCCGAAAACCUGGCUGAAAAGUACCAGAUCACACGAGAGGAUUGUGACAAGUACGCCUACCAGACACAGCAGAGAUGGAAAGCAGCUCAUGAGGCUGGCUGCUACAAUGCUGAAAUUGCGCCUAUCGAAGUAAAGGCCAAGAAAGGCAAGGUGGCUAUGACGUUUGAUGAACACCCUCGUCCACAAACUACACUGGAACAGAUGGCCAAGCUGCCACCCGUCUUUAAGAAAGGAGGCACGGUCACUGCUGCCAAUGCUUCGGGUGUGUCAGAUGGUGCUGCAGCUGUGGUGAUAGCCAGUGAGGAAGCUGUUAAGGAGCACAAACUCACCCCAUUGGCUAGACUUGUUGCCUAUCACAUCUCAGGCUGUGAUCCAAGUAUAAUGGGCAUUGGUCCUGUGCCUGCUAUAACAGAAGCUCUGAAGAAGGCAGGACUCACACUGAAAGACAUGGAUCUAGUAGAGGUGAAUGAAGCAUUCGCUCCCCAGUAUUUGGCAGUUGCUAAGGCUUUAGGACUAGACCCAGAGAAGACUAACGUAAAUGGCGGAGCCAUUGCACUUGGCCAUCCACUAGGAGCCUCUGGAGGCAGAAUCACUGCGCACUUAGUGCACGAGCUCAGACGGCGAGGGGGCAAGUAUGCAGUGGGCUCAGCCUGUAUUGGUGGUGGGCAGGGCAUUGCCGUAAUCCUGGAAAACACUCAGUGAGCAGAAAGAGGAACACAACAGACAAAAAAGUCACCACAAUUCAAGAACACCCCUCAGAGCCUUUAACAACCUAUUUUGGCCAAGCUAUUCUAAUAAAAUGAAAAAUAGAUUUCAAACACACAUACAUACUUAAACAAACAGUCAAAACAGAGAAAUUGAUCUUUGAAAAAUGCCUCAGGGAUCAGGAAGCUACAGUCAGGAAAUUAAAAAACCUUUUUUGCAUAGAAACCAUUUUAUGCCAUGUAGUCAGAGUGUUACUCAUACAGAGUUUUGCUUUAAAAACAGUUUGGCAUCCUCACUUGUGAUGGUAAGGACUAUUCUCCAGCAGACUUAGAUUGUAUUUUCUGUUACUUCAUUCAGCUGAGUGUGAGACCGCAGAAGAACCCUGGUGGAAAGUGUUGGAGUGUAUUGAAUGUGGUGAAUAAAGUGCCUGCCAUUUUCUUACUUUGUGAAGGAAGAUCACUCUAUUGUUAGGCAUGUGUUGUAAUAAAUGUUCUGACUGGGAAUGUUUGAAACCUGUUGGUAGUUGUGGAGUCAUCUUAUCAAAGAUUGUUAGACCUGUGUACACUGCAUAUCACUUUAAGCAACUAAACCACUGCUUAAUAAUAUAUAAUGGAAAAAACUAUCAAAAUAAACUUAUUAAAUAACUAAUUCAUUCAUAUUCCACUGUAUUUCUCUAUAAAUAAUAUGUUUCUGUUCAAAUUUGUAUUAAGCACACUGCCUUUGUAAUUAAAUGGAGGAGAUUGAUUAA